AAUGCUUCUUUUAUUUAGGUUGUAAGAUUACUGCAACUUCGCCUUGGGCUACGAUGCGUAGAAAUCUUAACCCGGUUGAAUAAAAAAAAAGACAUGCAAAGUCUACGUGUCAGAACAGAAACCAGGUCACCAGGAAAAACCAAUCCAACAUGUCAAAUGCCAAGAGCAAGAAUCAUAGUGUACCCCAUAUGUCUAACAACUAUUGGUUAAGACCACAUCCAACUUAUCCAAAGUGGAAAAUCGCAGAUAAGGUGCGUCGCAAACCACAACCAAUCUACAUCGCAGAAGUUAACACCAUCAAAUCAAACACCCCCCACAUCAAAACCUACACUUGGCUCAUUCAGAUUGAAAAAACACUCUGGUUGUGGAGAUGGCACAGGCAAUGGCAUCAAUGGCUGGUUUACGUGGCUCUUCACAGGCUGUCCUGGACGGCAGCCUUCAACUCAGUGGCCAAACCCGCUUCAACAUUCCUAGCAACAACCGAGUGGCUGUGGGUAGGUCUGGCUUCACUGUCAGAGCUCAUCAGACACCGGCCGAGCCUGAGACUGGACGCAGAGCCAUGUUGGGUCUUGUUGCUGCUGGUUUGGCCACUGGCUCCUUUGUUCAAGCUGUGCUUGCCGAUGCCAGAAGCAUCAAGGUUGGCCCACCUCCCCCUCCCUCUGGUGGACUGCCUGGAACUCUGAACUCUGAUGAGCCAAGAGACCUUGUUCUGCCAUACAAAGACAGGUUCUUCCUCCAACCACUUACUCCAGCUCAGGCAGCACAGAGAGCAAAGGAAUCAGCCAAGGACAUUCUGGGUGUCAAGAACUUGAUUGACAAAAAAGCCUGGCCUUAUGUCAUGAAUGAUCUCCGUCUCAAGGCCGAGUAUCUCCGCUAUGACCUCAACACCGUCAUUGCUGCCAAGUCCAAAGAUGAGAAGAAAACUCUCAAGGACCUCACCAAGAAGCUCUUCAGUACCAUCGAUGAUCUUGACCAUGCAGCCAAGAUCAAAAGCACCCCUGAAGCAGAGAAAUCUUACGCUCAGACCAUAUCUAGUCUGAAUGAUGUUCUUGCCAAACUGGGCUAAGAGAAUGCUUAAUUGUAUUUUGAUGUAAGAUAGCUUUGUUCAUCGUUUGUAGACACACUUUCAUUUCUAUGCUAUCUGAAGGAACCUUUACCACUUAACGAAA